UGCGUAGGCUCUACCCACUGUCACGUGAACUGUGGGUGUCGCAUCAUUUUAAAAAACGUCCAUCGGAGAAAAAGAAGCGAAACGGACAAUUUUUUUAAGAUUCAUUUUUAUAGGACUGAAACGGGAGAUUUGAAAAUAGAAAAUUUAAAUAUAUCUUUAGUUGAAAUAAAAAAACAACAACUUUUAUACAUAAAAAGCCUCCCAUAAUUUAAGAAUCGAGAUAGACCUACCUACAUAUAUCGACAGAACAAUAAAAAACAACUAGGCGAUUACAUCCAUAAGUAACGAAAUAGGUUGUACAAGAUUUCGAUUUCAAGCAAUUACUGAAACUUAGAAGUCAGUGACCAGAUUUUUUUUUAGAAAUUUAAGAUCGAUAAUGACGUCAUAUCUGUGGCUGACUGUCCUCACACUUGCCUUGGCUCUAUGUGUUUCGUGCCAAGCACGAGCGGCUAGUUCAGACGAUGAAAGGGAGCUAAUUAAGAUAUUGAACUCACGUGCUGAUGUUGACAUAGACACACACAGACAGAACAGAUUCCCACUGGGCCACACAACAAGUGGACAUCAUGCGCCCUCUGGUGCCUCCGCCUCCGCCCUACCUCUUUCGUCCAUUUGGUACCAUCAAGGUCCCGUCCUUAUCAGUGAAGAGGGACAGGCGAUGGGUGCCCCAGUGCGCCACAGGCCGUACGCUCCUGCUGCCACCUAUGCAGAUCUACUAAGCAGGCUGAGGACAGCAUUACCUAUAGAGGUGGUGGAUGAGGGAGACUCUUCCCUGGAGAAGAGAUACAGGCCCAGCGGCUUCCAAGGUAGUCGAGGCAAGCGGUUUAUUCCAGGGCUGCAGUCAUUGCUACUUGCUAGCUAUUAUCAAGAUGCUGAAAAAUGGAAGAGGCAACCUCACAAAGGCUUUCAUGGGACUAGAGGAUAAGUGGAGCAAUGCGUCAAGACGUUUUAGCAAGAGGCAAUGCGAGGCAAUGUAAGGCAAUGAGAAAUUGUAUUGCUUCAUGAGAGAAACAGCAAUUACAAACACGUGAUUCAUUACGAGCUCAUCAUUGGAUUGAUUGUAGAGUUUAGUUUCGUUCACAUUCAAAUUUAAAAAAAAAAUGAAAUUAUUUUUAAAAUACAGGGCAAAAAGGUCCAAAUAUAUAGGUCAUGUCUAUGUUA